AUGGUGGAGUCAUCACCUUCUGUAAUUUGUCCUUCCCAGCCAUCAUUACCUUCACAGAAAGGGAACCAACCUUCUACAUCGAUACAAAUGGGAGGCCAACUACCCAGACAUAUAGAGAUCAGCAAAGAGACCCAGUCAUGCACACAUGUACCAAUAGAACAACAUUCGGAAGCAGAAAAUGUCGACUUGUGUUCCGAGAUCGGAAAUUGUUUUGUUGUCGUUGUUGAUAGUAAUGGAGGUAGAAUAAAGAGACCAUUGCACUCGAUUCAUGACAUUUGGCAUCUUCCAGAAGGGGAGCGAAUUGAUAUGGAGCUCAAUAAUCUUGGUCAACCCAUUAAAAAGCAAGACUCAAAGGUGGUAAGGUUUGGUGGCCUGAUAGCAAGAACUAAUAAGUUGGUUCCAAUUAUUUACAAGGAUUGGAGGUCGGUGCCUAAAACCAUAAAGGAGGAAGCGUGGGGUCUUAUAAUGGGCAAGUUUAAAGUUCCUGAUGACAAAUUGGAUGCAUUCAAAAAAUGGAUACUGAAGGACCUGGGGAAGAAAUGGAAAGACUACAAGCACGAAUUGAAGAAAAAGUUACUUCAUGAAAAAGACACCUCUGCAGCACAAGUUGUGGCAAGGGCAAGUCCCGAUAUGGUGGACUUAUCGCAACUAGCGGAGUUGGCCAAUCUUUGGUUCGAUCCAGAAUAUAAGUCAAAAUGUAAUAAAAAUAAGGAGUGUCGCAAGAAGCAGCUGGUUGUUCACAACGGAGGAUCGAAAAGUUAUGCAAGAUAUGCCCAUGAUGCGCAAAAAUCAACUGGGAUGUUGCCAACUGGGAUGUAG